GCCAAACCUGGUGCUGUCUGACUGCCAGGUGGCUCAUUAUUUAUCCCUGUAAAACCCUGCAAAAGUAUUUGAAAGGGAAGAAGGGACAGAAAACUCCCUCCUUUUCCAAGUUAGCCUUAUAGUCUAGGGCUUAAAAUACUGGUUUAAUGGUGAAGGUAAGUGCUUUUCUUCUUUAUGGGUAGAUGGAUAAUUACUAACUUACCAAAGGUCCAUUAAGGGGAGGGAACAGUUUUAGGAGAAGUCAGAGAAAAGACAUUAACAGCAACAUAAGGAUCUCCAUCUGGUAAUAUUGCCUAAUUCCAAAAUGAAGAGACUUUCUGAAAAAGAUAACUGAUUCAAUCAAGACCCUAGGGCAAGGCUUGAGAAGCCACUGGUACCAAUGGACACUGUGGACAAUGGUCAUUUCUCCAAGGACGCUCUGCACUCAGAAAGGAGCCUUAUCUUCAUUGAACAGAUGAGGAAAUGAAUGAUUAGAGAAUUUAAAUGACUAACUCUAGGUCACACAGCUGGAACUUAUAGCCAGAUUUCCUUUUAACAAUCCUGUAACCAAAAGCAUACCAGUGGUGCCCUAUAAAAUAUAAAACACUGUUGUAGUAAAAGAGAUUCAGGGCACAGGGAAACUCCACCACAAAGCGUGGUACCAUUUCCCACAGAAGCUAAAUGGACGGGAAGCCUGCCACCAGGAAAGGUCCAGAUUUCUGUUCAUUACGCUAUGGGCUGGCUCUUAUCAUGCACUUCUCAAACUUCACCAUGAUAACUCAGCGUGUGAGUCUGAGCAUUGCAAUAAUUGCCAUGGUGAACACCACUCAGCAGCAUGCUCUAUCUAAUGCCUCCACUGAGGGGCCUGUUGCAGACGCCCUCAAUAACUCCAGCAUAUCCAACAAGGAAUCUGAUACAAAGGCCUCUGUGUAUCAGUGGAGCCCAGAAACUCAGGGUAUCAUCUUUAGCUCCAUCAACUAUGGGAUAAUACUGACUCUGAUCCCAAGUGGAUAUUUAGCAGGGAUAUUUGGAGCAAAAAACAUGCUUGGUGCUGGUUUGCUGAUCUCUUCCCUUCUCACCCUCUUUACACCAUUGGCUGCUGACUUCGGAGUGAUUUUGGUCAUUGUGGUUCGGACAGUCCAGGGCAUGGCCCAGGGAAUGGCAUGGACAGGUCAGUUUACUAUUUGGGCAAAGUGGGCUCCUCCACUUGAACGAAGCAAGCUCACCACCAUUGCAGGAUCAGGAUCAGCAUUUGGAUCCUUCAUCAUCCUCUGUGUGGGGGGACUAAUCUCACAGGCCUUGGGCUGGCCUUUUAUCUUCUACAUCUUUGGUAGCACUGGCUGUGUCUGCUGUCUCCUAUGGUUCACAGUGAUUUAUGAUGACCCCAUGCAUCACCCAUGCAUAAGUGUUAGGGAAAAGGAGCACAUCGUGUCCUCACUGGCUCAACAGCCCAGUUCUCCUAGACGUGCUGUCCCCAUAAAGGCGAUGGUCACAUGCCUACCACUUUGGGCCAUUUUCCUGGGUUUUUUCAGCCAUUUCUGGUUGUGCACCAUCAUCCUAACAUACCUACCAACGUACAUCAGUACUCUGCUCCAUGUUAACAUCAGAGAUAGUGGAGUUCUGUCCUCUCUGCCUUUUAUUGCUGCUGCAAGCUGUACGAUUCUAGGAGGUCAGCUGGCAGAUUUCCUUUUGUCCAGGAAUCUUCUCAGAUUGAUCACUGUGCGAAAGCUCUUCUCAUCUCUUGGGCUCUUCCUUCCAUCAAUAUGUGCUGUGGCCCUGCCCUUUGUGGCAUCCAGUUACGUGAUAACCAUUAUUUUGCUGAUACUUAUUCCUGGGACCAGUAACCUAUGUGACUCAGGGUUUAUCAUCAACACCUUAGAUAUCGCGCCCAGAUAUGCAAGUUUCCUCAUGGGAAUCUCAAGAGGAUUUGGGCUCAUCGCAGGAAUCAUCUCUUCCACUGCCACUGGAUUCCUCAUCAGUCAGGAUUUUGAGUCUGGUUGGAGGAAUGUCUUUUUCCUGUCUGCUGCAGUCAACAUGUUUGGCCUGGUCUUUUACGUCACAUUUGGGCAAGCAGAACUUCAAGACUGGGCCAAAGAGAGGACCCUCACCCGCCUCUGAGGACAUAAAGUUACAAACUUAAAUGCAGUACUGAGCAUGAACUUUUUAAACAUUUUUUACUUAUCUUCAUAUUCUUGACCAUAGACUCAGCAGUUCUUAACUCUCGCUGUGUGUUAGUCUUCCCUGGGGAGCCUUUAUAAGAUACUGAUGCCUGGGACUCACUCCAGAGAUUCUGAAUGAAUUGGUCUGGGGUGGAACCCAGAUACCACUAAUUUUUAGAUACUCCUUAGAGGUUUCUACAUGUACCUGGGGUUGACAACAGCUGGACAAACUUGAAAAUCCAUGUGGCCUUUGAAUUUUCCUCAUUGGAAAGUACUAAAUAAAUAAAAAUUCAUGUGAAAAUGAUCACUGAUAAAUAUCUUCAUAGUGGGGCAAGUUAUUGGAUACAGAGAAGAGCUGCUCAGAAUUGUAACCAUAUGUUACAGAUCUCAGCACCCAUCAGAACUGUAAAGCUAUAAUCCCCAGAAUUAAAGUUUUUAUUAUUUUUUAUACAUUGUAAAACAUGGACGUUUAUUUAUGUGGUUAAAUUCUAUUAAAAUUUACAUGCUAAAAUAAAA